AUGGAUAGUUCAGACUGCAAUUUUGCAUCCAUCCUGCUUCAAGAUGGGCGCUGCCCUAGGGAUGCAACGCUUUUGGGCGAUGGCGCCGGCAACAAGGUUCCAAUUGCCAAGACAAGGCUUUGGCUUCCAUUCAAAUCCAGAUGCUUGUCUACCCGAAUCGAGGUGGUGAGAUUUAAAACUCCAGGCGAUAGAAAUCUCAUCCCACACUCUGCUCCUCCCACUUCCCGGGACUAUGAACUCCUUUCCAACUUCUUACAAAACAGCAAGAAGCUGGCCGUGAUAACUGGCGCCGGUGUGAGCACCGAGUCUGGAAUUCCAGACUAUAGAGGUCCACAAGGAGCUUAUAGCACAGGUUUCAAGCCAAUAACUCACCAGGAAUUUCUUAAGUCCGCUUAUAGCAGGAGACGGUACUGGGCUCGCAGCUACAUUGGCUGGAGACGAUUUUCUCAAACUCAACCAGGUCCAAGUCACAUUGCUCUCGCAAAGCUCGAGGGAGACGACGCACGAACCACGGGGAUGAUCACGCAAAACGUUGACAGAUUGCAUCACAAAGCCGGGAGCAAUCCCAUCGAGCUGCACGGAACAACGCACCAAGUCGUGUGCCUGAGCUGCGGCAAUUUAAGUCCCAGACAAACUUUCCAGGACCGCUUGAAACUUCUCAACUUGGAGUGGGCAGCGGCCGUGGAGAUUGUGGAAAGCGGUGGAGCCGUCGGGUCGGAUGCGAGCUUUGGAAUGCAGCAGCGACCGGAUGGCGACAUAGAAAUCGACGACAGCGUCUUCUCCAGAGAUGAUUUCCAGAUCCCGGCAUGCCAGGCCUGUGGUGGAAACUUGAAGCCUCACGUGGUUUUCUUCGGAGAUAACGUUCCUUUAGAUCGAGCUCGAGCUGCUGCAAGCAUGGUUCAAGAGUCGGAUGCUUUACUCAUCGUUGGCUCGUCUGUAAUGGUUUUAUCGGCCUUUCGUCUUGUGAGUGCCGCUCAUAAGCAAGGCUCUCCCAUCGCCAUAAUCAACGUCGGAAAAACUAGAGCCGACGAGAUUGCUUCCUUCAAGAUCGAGAGCACCGCUGGUGAUGUUUUGUCCGGGUUUUUAUCGACGCAAGGCAAAAUGUAAGAUCAAAACUAAUUGUGCCAAGAUGUUCUAUACCAAGUAUGAGACUUAAAUUGUCAUGAAUCAAUGAAAGAGAAAAAAUGAUGCGAAGUGUAGAAAUACAAGAGAAGAAAAAGGAAGCGGACUACCCAAGAUUCUCCGCAUAAUCUUCCAUGCCUUAAAGGCAUCUUCUCGGAA